UCUCGACCAUCGGCUUUGCGAGGGCUAACGAGGACACCUGUCGCGUGCUGGCGCUCUCUGAGCAGCCAUUCGAGCAGCGACAGCGCGCUCGGCGAGCUGUCUCGCCCGCCGCGCCUCAGCCGAGGCGCGUGCACCUAGAGAGUCAAAUCGAGUCAUUUGCCCUGCGCGCGGUCUCGCUGCGCAAGCGACGCCUCCGCAGCACCGGCUGACGGCAGGCCAACGCUGCGCUGCGCGAAACUAGCGCAUGUCCUUCCUCCUCGACGCCGCGGCGCUCGACGGCGCGAUCGGCCUCUGCGCGACGGCCGAGGGCCGCUGCGCGACGGCCGUCUUGGUCGUGUUAUUGACCUGGGCCGUCCUCGCUGGAAGAGUGUAUGUCCUCGCGCCGCCGCGGUCCGUUAUUAAUAGAGAACCCGCGAGCCCGACGCACGACGACGACGACUGGGUCGCCCCGAAGACCAUGUCUCGAAGGCGGACGGCGUCCGUGCCGUCGGUCGAGGAGACGGGCAUUGCGGAUGAACACGAUGAAGGGUGGAAGCCGGCGCAACUCCCGUCAUUAGCGGGCAAAGCGGUGCGGUGCCCCCGCACCAAAAGACUACUAUUGAGGGACGGCGCGUACUGGUGCGGGUCGCCGGAGGCGUCGGCGUUUGUGGUUCGCGGUCCAAAUUAUUUAGUUGAUAGAGUCAAAAUAAAGUGCGGCGAGCCCCUCUUCCACUUGCUAGAUUGUGAUCUAUUCGAUGUGGACCAGCCGGAAAACCACAUGGGCCGCCACUUAGGCGCCAGGAUGGAGCAGUUGUGGCGGGAGAGCGGUCUACUCGAGCCGGACAAGAAGCCCUUCACGUGGUUGAUUCAACUGCAAGUCCCGGGCCCGCCCUACAAGUCGUUCUGCAUGUACUUUGGAUGUGCCGACCGAUCGAAGCUGUUCGACGAAGAUACUCCUAUUGCGAGGUUAUCGAAACGCUUCUUCCAGCGCGUGACCUCUCCAUCAAAUGCUGGCGUGAAUACGGGCAAAGGCACCUUUUCCUCGAACGACCAACUCCACGAGUGGCGCAACAACACCUUUAAACUCAUUCCGCGGUGCGUCAACGCGCCGUUCGUCGUCAAGAAGGCGGUGGGCGAGGUGCCUACAUUGCUCGGGAACAAGAUCGAGCUCCUGUACUACGGUCCUGAAGGUGGAGACUACUUCGAGACGGACUGCAACAUUGCCUCGUCGAAGAUCGCCCAAUAUACCAUAGGGUUGGCUAUUGGGCGCGCGUCGGUCGUCGUGGCAGACAUGGCCUUCCUGCUCCAGGGCGCGGCGCCGGCCGAGCUGCCCGAGGAGCUGUUCGGGUGCGUGCGCAUCGAGCACAUCGUCAUGAAGGACGCGCACAAGCUGGACCUGUCCGGUGCGUCGACGCCGCCCUAGAAGGGGGUACUUAUACUAUGCUGUGAUU